CACACACCCUCCCUGGGAGCAGCAUGCUGACCCUGGUUCUGCUGGGUGCUGCGCUCUCCCUCCUCGUGAUCGUGACGGUGAGCGGCAACGUGUUGGUGUGCCUGGCCGUGUGCGCCACCCGGCGCCUCCGCUGCGUCACCAACUGCUUCAUCGUGUCCCUGGCCGUCACGGACCUGCUGCUGGGGGCCCUGGUGCUGCCCUUCUCCGCCCUGCAGGAGCUGAGCCCAGACGGGAACUGGCCGCUGGGCUCGGCCUUCUGCAACGUCUACAUAUCGCUGGACGUCAUGCUGAGCACGGCCUCCAUCUUGAACCUGCUGGCCAUCUCUAUGGAUAGGUACUUGGCUCUGACGGCACCGUUGAGGUACGCAGGGUUGCUGAAGCCCGUACGCGUGGGAGCGGUGCUGGCCCUCAUCUGGCUUGUAUCGGUGGGGGUCUCCUUCGUGCCCAUACACAUGGGCUGGAACACGCCAGACGGAACAGUCCAGAACGUCGGCAAAGGCACAUGCAAGUUCAACCUGAACAUCACCUACGCCUUGGUGGACGCCCUCUUCACCUUCUACCUCCCCCUUGUGGCCAUGUGCUGGAGCUACUGCCACGUCUUCCGCAUUGCCCGAGCCCAGGCGCGACGUAUCGUGGCAGCACGACGCGCCGGCGGCUGCACUUCCUCCUCCAGCCACUGGAGGGUGCUGGUGGUGGCGGCGCGCGAGCACAAGGGCACGGUGACACUGGCCGCGGUGGUGGGCGCAUUUGUGGUGUGCUGGAUGCCCUACUUUACGUACUUCACCGUCAUGGGACUGCUGGAGAGGGACAUGCGCGGUGUUGCGUACUCUGUAGUGCUAUGGCUAGGCUACACCAACUCAGCGCUUAACCCUUUCCUGUACGCAGCGCUCAACCGGGACUUCCGGGCGGCCUACGGACGUCUGCUGAGGUGCCAAAGGUGGGGGACCAAGCCUGGCAGGCACGUGGACUCAAACGGGACGGUCGGGGGAUCGAGAGGGGAUCGAGAGGAUGCCGGAGGAGGAGGGCCCAUGUUGGGACUAAAACAGUUCUUCAGCAGGGUCGGGUCGGUGGUGGAAGGGGGAAUCAUGCUGCAGGAACUGAAUGGAAGAGGUGCGACUCCACUGAAUAAGGGUCCACUGAAAAAGAGUCCAAUCCAUAAAGGUCCGAUUCAUCAGGGUAAACCGCUUGUGGUGGACACAGAGGGUUUUGAAGGCACAGAGACGUUAAGGGAAUAGAGUCAUGUGACGACCUACUGCAUCAUGGCCAGAUAUCCUCCGGCCUUACCCAAUACCUCAUGGAUCCUAUGACCAUCCUCAUCCUGCCCUGUUUGGGAAGUCACCAUGUACUAUCUAUCUGAGGUGCCUUACAGGUUGCAAUACUGGAUUUAGCCGUGGAGAUGUAGCACAUGGGACAGAAGCGGGGAUACAAUACAUCAAGGCCUCA